ACAACAGUGUUUCAUUUCCAUUUGUGUCAGAAAUGAAUAUAAGUGUGUUGUACUCUUAGCCUUAAAAAUCAGCUGUUUUGCAUAACAUACCGAAUCCGGUUGAUUUGCGGACAAAACAAGAGCCAAGGAUCAUGCUAAAAACUGCUGUUAGCCGGUUAUUGCAAAAUAAUUUAGCAUCAUGUACGGGCCGAACAAACUUGGUUCGCCGCAACAUCAAUCUGAUUCCCAUGGUGGUGGAGCAAACUGGGCGAGGUGAAAGGGCGUACGAUAUAUUCUCACGUCUGCUUAAGGAGCGAAUUAUUUGCCUGAUGGGCAACAUUACCGAUGAUAUCAGCUCCACCGUUGUAGCCCAGUUACUGUUUCUGCAAUCGGAGAACGUCAACAAGCCAAUACAUUUGUACAUCAAUUCCCCGGGUGGCGUUGUGACGGCUGGCCUGGCCAUCUACGAUACGAUGCAGUACGUCAAGCCACCGAUUGCAACGUGGUGCGUCGGCCAGGCCUGCUCAAUGGGCUCACUAUUGCUGGCGGCAGGUGCACCGGGUAUGCGUUACUCGCUGCCAAAUGCCCGGAUUAUGAUACAUCAGCCCUCGGGCGGCGCUCAAGGUCAAGCCACAGACAUUUUAAUACAUGCCGAGGAAAUUAUCAAAAUUAAGCGCCAGCUAACCAAAAUCUAUGUAAAGCAUGCGAACAACUCGUACGAUGAGAUGUCUACACGAAUGGAGCGGGACCACUUUAUGACCCCAGAAGAGGCCAAGACCCUAGGCAUAAUCGAUCACGUCCUCGAACAUCCUCCAGAGACUGUUUCAGAAACUGGACCAACGUCGGAUGAUGGCAUAGGUAAAGCCCUAUCAGACGAUUCGGAAAAAAAGAAAGCCAAGCAGGCAGCGUAAAAUUUCUUUGAGAUGUAAAAUCCAAAAUCUAUCCUUACAAUUUGAAUCAGUUUGAAUAAGUUUCGAUUUUCAACUUGAAAUGUCGAUAGCUUUCAAUAACAAGAGCCUACAAAAAUAGAUUUACAAAUGUCAAUAGA